AUGGCACCAGCACUCAAGACCAUUCUGGCUCUGCAAGAUGCUAAACCCUAUGCCUUCGAGUGUCCUACAGCAACGACCGCCUUAAUCAUCAUUGAUAUCCAACGGGACUUUGUUGACCCCGGUGGUUUCGGCUCCAUACAAUGUGGCAACGACGCCGUCUUUUCCAGAGCACGCGCAAUUGUCCCUGUUGUCAAGAAACUGCUUGACGCCUUUCGAUCGUUUGGAGGGCAUGUAAUUCACACGCGUGAAGGACAUGAACCGGGUCUUGCUGAUCUUCCUGCCGCCAAACGGCUCCGUCAAAUUUCCAACCCGGUCGGUCACCAUAGUCUGGGAAUUGGUGAUCAGGGACCCAUGGGCAAGCUCCUCGUCCGAGGAGAAUAUGGCCACGAUAUCGUGGAUGAACUCACCCCCUGGCCGGAUGAGACAGUCAUUGACAAACCAGGAAAAGGAAGCUUUUGGGGCACGAAUAUUCACAGGAUCUUGCUUGCACGUGGAAUAACCCAUCUAGUAUUUGCGGGAGUAACAACGGAGUACUUGACCCAUUCCCAUAGUGCUGUUGAGAAACCGUCGCUGACCUUUGCCACAACAGGUGCUGUGUCAGUACAACACUGCGCGAAUGUGCUGACCGAGGCUAUCAAUGCAUUGUGUUGGAGGACUGCACGCAGGGGUUCGAUGCUCAGCAGCCCAGACUUUUUCCAAGCAAUCGACCGAGCAUCAGCCAAAGCCUUGACCCAAGGGCUGGCACUGACGCCGCCUGCAAAACCCAUGGGAAACAAGGACUCAAAACCUCGCUUCGGUUUCCUUCCAGACGAAAGCGUUCCAUCAGUCGACCAGUUGUUGACUGAUUACCGACAAAGUAUCCGGUGCCCCGUCGAAGUCAUCAAGUCUCUGUACAAACGAAUCAACCAGUACAAAGACGUGGAUCCAGCGGUCUGGAUUCACCUUGAGCCCGAAGCGAACGUGCUGCAUGCAGCAACCAAGCUAGUCAACAAGUACAAGGGAAAGCCGUUACCAUCAUUAUAUGGUAUUCCCUUUUCGGUCAAAGACACCAUCGAUGUCGCGGGAGUGCCAACAACAGCGGCCUGUCCGAGUUAUGCAUACACUCCUCAAGUGAGCGCUACAGCAGUCCGACGUGUGCUCGAUGCCGGGGCGUUGUUCAUCGGCAAAGUGAACCUUGACCAGCUAGCCACUGGCCUGUCUGGCUGCCGCUCCCCAUAUGGAACCCCCCACAGUGUCUUCAGCGACAAGCACAUACCCGGUGGCUCUUCCUCUGGAUCAUGUGUUUCGGUCGGGGAGAGACUCGUGUCGUUCGGUCUCGCAACAGACACCGCUGGUAGUGGUCGAGUCCCAGCUGCAUUUAAUGGGAUCGUUGGCUUCAAGCCCACCAAAGGGACUGUUUCCGCUCGCGGUCUUGUCCCGGCCUGCCGCACGCUCGACACAAUUACCGUCGUUGCUCCCUCUAUUACCGAGGCUCGCAAAGUCUGGCAAGUCAUUGCGCAUCAUGACCCGGAGGAUCCAUACUCCAAACUUCCCCAUACGCUUCCUACAUGGCACAUUGACUACCGAGGCCCGCGUGUUGGUGGGUUCACCUUUGCCGUUCCUCCACCAACAAUCCUAAAAGUCUGCAAAAAAGAAUACCGGGAGCUGUUCUCCUCUGCCGUCUCAGCACUGCAAUCAUGCGGAGGUACCCUCAAGGAAGUAGAGUACACCCCCUUUUCUGCUGCUGGAGACCUCCUCUACGAUGGAAGUCUCCUACACGAGCGCAUUCAUUGCAUUGGCCAUCGGUUCCUACAGUCCAACUUACCCGACAUGCAUCCUGUGAUCAGAGAGCUGUUUGACAAAGCCAUGUCAAACCCCCCGUUGGUAUACGAUGCGUUCCGCGACCAGGCUCUUCAGGCGCGGCUGACAAGGGAGGUGCAAGGUGUCUUUGAUGUGCUAAACGGUGGGGUAGAUGUUCUUGUGGUGCCGACUACCACGCAGCACCCCACCAUCAAGGAGAUGGAGGCUGAUCCGCUGAAAUUGAAUAGUGAGCUGGGGACUUUUACGCAUUGUGCAAAUGUGGUGGAUUUGUGUGGUGUCUCGGUACCAGCAGGGACUUGGUUGUGGGGACAAGAAGGUGAUGAGCGGAAGAUGCCUUUUGGCAUCACAAUCUUGAGCGGGAGCGGGUAUGAUGCAAAGGUUUUGGACAUUGCCGGGGUCUUUGAGGAGGAGAUGAUGCAACGCGAGACUUUCAGACUAUGA